AUGCCGCCAUUAGUCACUUCCGUGCGCUGGAAUGCUGCAGACGAGGAGUCGGCUAAUCGCUCCAUCUGGCCCCACGAACAUGUGCGCUCGAAGGGCAACAAAAAACAUCAGGUUCAAAGACGAGCCAGUCAGCGAUCAAUUGAUCCUGCAGCUGCUAUUCCAAUCGAAUAUCGAAGCCUUUCGUUCGAGAUUGAGGAUGACGCGCAGAGAGAGCAACGGUUCAAACGUCAGGGUCGCAGAGACAAAUUAGCCGAAGAAUGGCAAAGCACGGAUUGGCACACUCUGUCUGUGGAGGAGGUACAAAAGCAACUCAGCGCCGAUGUGAUGUCUGGCUUGUCUACGAACAGAGCCGCUGAGCGUCUGAAACAAUACGGCCUCAACAAGAUUUCCCCUCUGCCCAACCCCUGGCUAUGGAAAAUAUUCGGUUACUUUUUCAAGGGCUUUGGUUCAAUUCUUCUCAUCGGUGGUAUCCUGGUCUUCAUUUCAUGGAAGCCGCUUGGUCAACCCCCGGCUGUGGCUAACCUUGCACUGGGCAUCGUUCUACUCGCGGUAUUUGUCAUCCAAGCGGGCUUCAAUGCCUGGCAGGAUUGGUCCUCGUCUCGUGUGAUGGCAUCGAUUACCGCGAUGCUACCUGAAUCGUGUCUUAUCCUCCGAGAUGGGCUUCGGUCUGAGGUUGUAUCCACGGAGAUUGUUCCAGGCGAUACAGUAUUCAUCAAAUCAGGCACGAAGAUACCAGCGGAUGUGAGGUUCAUCGAAGCUUCACACGACCUAACGAUCGAUCGCUCUAUUGUUACGGGCGAGUCAAAUCCCAUCAAGGCUACGAUCGACUCCACGUCCGAGAAUUACCUUGAAACACGAUGCAUUGGUCUCCAAGGCACACACUGCGUUUCCGGUACGGCUACAGCAAUCGUCGUGGCUACAGGCGACUCGACCGUCUUCGGGCGCAUCGCAAAGCUUGCGGGUGAGCCAAAAACUGGUCUGACAACCAUUGAAACGGAGGUAUUGCGGUUUGUACUAUUGAUUUUCAUCAUCAUGGUCAUUUGGAUUGUAAUUCUCGCUGCGGUUUGGGGCGGGUGGCUUCGCAAAGCGCAUCCGGACUACAUCAACGUACCUACCCUUAUUGUUGAUUGCGUCAGUGUCGCUAUUGCCUAUAUUCCGGAAGGCUUGCCAAUUGCCGUCACUGCCAGCCUGACGAUCACAGCCAACUUGUUAAAGAAGAACAAAGUUCUGUGCAAAUCUCUCAAGACUGUCGAAACUCUGGGGGCAGUCUCUGUGAUAUGCACUGACAAGACUGGCACGUUAACGCGGAAUCGAAUGUCUGUCACAGACUAUGCGGUGCACACAGAGAGCUCGACUUGGGAUACAACGGGUUCAGAUAAAGCGUCCCAAAUCAACCAAUCUGCUAUGCAUCAGCUUCGUUCUUUAUCCGGUCUUUGUAAUGCUGCUGAGUUUGACAACAAUUCUCAGAAUCUGCCUUUGAGUGAAAGAGCCAUUUUCGGUGACGCUACUGACCAAGCAAUCCUUAGAUUCUCAGAAGGAUUAGGACCUGUUUCUGAAGAGAGACAAGCAUGGAAGUCCCUUUAUACCCUGGCUUUCGACAGCAAAAAUAAAUUCAUGAUCAAGACGUUUGCCUCAGCCAGGGCAGACAGCCCUGGAUUAUCGCUAUCACCGACGGAGGCUUCGAAAUUUCGGCCAGAUGAUAUGCUGUUCACUAUCAAAGGAGCCCCUGACAUCUUGGUCACUCGUUGUACACACAUUCUAGGACCAGACGGCGAAACUCGGCCAUUGAGUGAAGAUGUUUUGCGCAAAGUUGAAGAAAGGAUUCAGGAGUGGUCUUCCGACGGCAAACGAGUUCUGCUUUUGGCUCGCAAGGUAUUGGCCCAGGAUGGAUCUUCCACAGAUCCCUCGGGGCCAGAAUAUGAGGCGCAGAUGCUCCAUGAAGCGAAGACGGGUCUUACUCUGGUCUGCCUUGUGGGACUGAUCGAUUCACCGCGCUCAGAAAUCCCCGAGGUCAUCAAAAUUCUGCGACAGGCCCAAAUCCGUGUUUUCAUGGUGACUGGUGACUUUGGUCAGACGGCACUUGCGAUUGCCCGCCAAUGUGGUAUCGUGACCUCUGACUUCGUCCACGAUUCGUCUGCACUCUCUCGGGAACCCGCAUUCGACGAGAAAAACGUUGAUUCGUCUCCAUCCGCCUUGCUUGUCAGUGGAAGCGAUUUGAUGGGGUUUAACGAGUUGCAAUGGGAACAGCUAUGCAAGUAUCGUGAAAUUGUCUUCGCCCGUACUACCCCCCAUCAGAAGUUGCGAAUCGUGCGAGAAUUGCAGUCCAGAAGUGAAACGGUCGCUAUGACAGGAGACGGUGUCAACGAUGCCCCGGCUCUCAAAGCAGCUGAUAUUGGUAUCAGUGUCGCGAGCGGCUCGGAUAUUGCCAUUGAAGCUGCCGAUAUGGUCCUACUUGACUCGUUCGCAGCCAUUGUGGAGGCUGUUCGAUAUGGAAGGGUAGUGUUUGACAAUCUCAAAAAGACAGUCGCAUACCUCCUUCCGGCCGGUUCCUGGUCCGAAUUCUGGCCCGUUUUUACCAACUUGAUAUUCGGCAUCCCGCAAAUAUUGUCAUCAUUCUUGAUGAUUAUCAUUUGUUGCUUUACGGACUGUGCCGCUGCAGUUGCUCUGGCAUAUGAGGCCCCUGAAGCAGAUGUACUCUAUCGCCCACCACGCCAUCCAACCAAGACUCGGCUUGUUGAUUGGAAGCUCAUAUUCCACUCUUACGCCGUUAUUGGGAUGAUUGAGACCGUUUGUUCUUUCGCCAUGGCUUUCUGGUAUCUUCAGAGGAAUGGCAUCCCGUUCUCUGACCUAUGGUUCAAGUUUGGUGAAAUUCCAUCGGGAAUAGACGUCGACUACUACAAUGCACGUGUGAAUGAAGCUAGUUCGAUCUACUUCAUCAACCUUGUCAUCAUGCAAUGGUUCAAUCUCAUGGCCGUGCGGACUCGCCAUCUCUCAAUCUUUCAGCAUCCACCUGCAUUCAAUAAAGACACCCAAAAUCUGUAUCUCUUCCCAGCAAUCGUGUUCUCAUUGGGCAUUGCUGUCAUCUGGCUCUAUAUCCCAAGUUUGCAAAUUGUUCUCAACACAUCAGGCAUACCUGCAGAGCAUUUCUUUCUCCCUGCUUCUCUGGGCCUCGGACUACUUUGCCUAGACGAAGCCAGGAAGGCAGCAGUUCGUCGCUGGCCCAACCAGUUCUUUGCAAGAAUAGCAUGGUGA